AUGUCCGUGAGAAGCCUGCACCGGCGCGUCUCUCACCCUUGCCAUGGAAUUGAGAACCGACAUGCCGCGAAACACGAAAAGCGUCCGUCACAGAAGCUCGAAACCUCCUGGCCAUUUUCCUUGGAGGGCGAGAGUGGCGGCGGUGGCGGCCGUUCUGUGACCAGCGCUGGUGGGGGUGGAGGAGGAGGUGGAGGUCGACGGGCACCGAGUCUACGGCUGGUGAACGGAAGAGCGACUACGGGGGUUAGUUUGCACACCAGCAGCACAGAAUCCGUUCGUUCACCCCAUCACCACCUCGGCCAGCAGCAGGGGGGCAACAAUAACAAUAACAACAACAACCAUAAUAAUAAUAACAACAACAACAAUAACUGCCACGCCGGUAAUAACCCCGCCGCGAACAAUCAUCCACGGCUUAACAAAGAUGACAGCAUCAAGAUCAGCAUCGAGAACACGAACACUUGCACGGACAGCCUCGUCACUGCUCUAGACGACGAGACAUUGCUCAUCACGGAUUUCGUAGCCGACCAAGGCAACGAGAUGAAUUACAAGGGCAGCGGGAAGGUCCACUUCGGAGUGGACGAUGUGUCCCUCUACGGGACGCCGAAGGAGGAGCCGGGUCCGGGUCUUCCGGGCCAGGAAGUCAAGCAGAGCUUCUUGAAGAAUCAGCUUCAGGCCCUGUUCCAGCCUACCGACAACAAGCUGGCUAUGAAGCUGUUCGGAAGCAAGAAAGCUUUGAUGAAGGAACGGAUCAGGCAAAAGGCUGCAGGUCACUGGGUCAUCCAUCCUUGCUCCAGUUUUCGAUUCUACUGGGAUCUCUGCAUGCUCCUCCUGCUGGUAGCUAAUCUGAUAAUUCUGCCAGUCGCCAUUAGUUUUUUCAAUGACGACCUAAGCACUAGGUGGAUAGCCUUCAACUGCCUUUCCGACACGAUAUUCCUCAUAGACAUUGUCGUCAACUUCAGGACAGGCAUAAUGCAACAGGAUAACGCCGAACAAGUGAUCCUGGACCCGAAGUUAAUCGCGAAACACUACCUCAGGACUUGGUUCUUUCUCGACCUCAUUUCCUCCAUACCACUAGACUACAUUUUCCUCAUAUUUAAUCAAUUUCAGGACUUUAGCGAGUCCUUCCAGAUCCUGCAUGCUGGCCGUGCUCUCAGGAUCCUCAGGCUUGCGAAACUGUUGUCGCUGGUUAGGUUACUACGAUUGUCAAGACUGGUGCGGUAUGUCUCGCAAUGGGAAGAGGUCUAUAUCCCCCUUUAUCAACAGCCGGAGAGGCACUACGAGCGUCGGGCGACACCGCCCCAACCAGACCGAACCAGCAAGAUAUUGCAGAACCUACAAAAAAAACGCACUGAGCGGAGGGGGCGCCUAAGUUCUGACAAUAUGAGUAAAAAGAAGUCCGGUUUCAGCAAAAGCGACCUUAUUUUUAAGUUCCUGAAUAUGGCGUCGGUGUUCAUGCGGAUUUUUAACCUGAUUUGCAUGAUGCUCCUAAUUGGUCACUGGAGUGGCUGCCUACAAUUCCUGGUCCCAAUGCUCCAAGGGUUUCCUAGUAACUCAUGGGUCGCCAUCAAUGAAUUACAAGACUCAUUUUGGCUGGAACAAUACUCAUGGGCCCUUUUCAAGGCCAUGUCACACAUGCUCUGCAUAGGAUAUGGAAGGUUUCCACCGCAAUCCUUGACCGACAUGUGGCUCACUAUGCUCAGUAUGAUCAGCGGUGCUACCUGUUAUGCACUUUUCCUUGGACACGCGACGAAUCUCAUUCAGUCGCUCGAUUCCUCCAGGAGACAAUACCGCGAGAAGGUUAAACAAGUAGAGGAAUACAUGGCCUAUCGAAAGUUACCACGAGAAAUGAGACAGAGGAUCACGGAAUAUUUCGAGCAUCGCUACCAGGGCAAAUUCUUCGACGAGGAACUGAUCCUCGGAGAGCUGUCGGAGAAAUUAAGAGAAGACGUGAUCAACUACAACUGCAGAUCGUUAGUCGCGUCCGUGCCAUUCUUUGCCAACGCCGAUUCCAACUUUGUCUCGGAUGUCGUUACCAAACUGAGAUACGAAGUCUUCCAGCCGGGUGAUAUCAUCAUCAAGGAAGGUACGAUCGGCUCUAAAAUGUACUUCAUACAAGAAGGCAUAGUCGAUAUCGUGAUGGCGAACGGCGAGGUCGCAACUUCGCUGUCAGAUGGCUCGUACUUUGGCGAGAUCUGUCUACUGACGAACGCGAGGAGGGUAGCCUCGGUCCGUGCCGAGACCUACUGCAAUCUCUUCAGCCUCUCGGUGGAUCAUUUCAACGCCGUGCUGGACCAGUAUCCAUUAAUGCGCAGAACGAUGGAAAGCGUUGCCGCCGAGAGGUAUAAGCUUUGGUUGAACAAAAUCGGCAAGAAUCCGAAUCUGGUGGCCCACCGCGAGGAGGAUCUUGGAAGCGAGUCGAAGACGAUAAAUGCCGUGGUGAACGCGCUCGCUGAGCAAGCUGCGCAUGCUAGCGCCAGUGAAGAAUCGGUACACAGCAUGGAGCUGAGGACUCUUCCCGCUUGUCUGUUGCCCAGACCAAAGUCUGAGAAUAAUUUCGCGAGUCAGGAGCUCUCCCGAGAGGGACGACGGAUCUUCCACAAGAGCGACACUUUCCACAAGGAUUCGUAUCAAUGACGACACUCGUUAUACUAGCAUACAGAGAGAUACUAACGGCUCCAUGAGCGACAGUGGCGUUGUACACUGUCGAUCGGAUCGUUGGCAGCCGUUUUAAGCCUAGAUCCUGGACGCUACACUAGAAGCAAUCUAUACAUAGAUAUACGCUAUGCCAGUAGUCUUCUAGCGAUCGGUUUCUAGCGCCUUCUUAUAUUAACCUGACGGCACGUUCUAGUCCAGGAUCUAUGCAUAAAAUCGCGCGGACCAAGAGAAUACCGACGUUCUCCAGCGAUGGCACGGCACAACACACAAAGUAAAACCAUCAUUUAGGCGUAACGCUAUUAUUUUCCCCGUCUACAAGACGUUCAACCUCAACAGCAAUAAACGAAGCAACCGACAAAAAGAAGAAGAACAGAAAACAUUACUGUGGAGGGUUAGCUACGAUCGUUGUCCUUCGUUGUCACGAAACGAUCGCAUGAGGAUAGAGAAACGAUCGAGAAAUAUUUUCAACGGAGGAUCUUGUGCUCGACAAAGGAAGAAGAAGAGGAUCGAUAAACAGAUAGACAGCUGUGCCAUCGAUCGGAGAACACGGAGCCGUUAAUUCCUGCCGCGAGUCUUCUUCAUCGACGCAGGCGUCGCAACCAUAAAGCGAACAGAAACUGAUGCGACGACUGGAUGAAGACCUCAACGACGACGAAGAGCAGGCCUAGAAAUUUAUAGAGCAUAUGUAGAGCCCAUCGUGGACUAGGUAGAAAAAUCCUAAACGACAGUGUUAAACGAUGCGUAAAUUUCUCUGUGAUUUUGCAAAAGCCGUACGUUUCGCACUUUUAGGGAAAAAAUGAUGAAACACAGGGGCGAAGGGGGGGGGGGGUAUGAAAACAAGAAAGAGGAUAACCUACACACGAACGAUUAGGAUUCUGUUUUUGGUUCUUUUCUAAGACAACUAACUAACAUAUUGAAGAGGACGGGAGAGAAACUCGUGAAACGAGGGGUAUUCCAGUUAUAAGUUUGUUAACGUGUUUUAACUUUAGCUUCGUAUCGUUGGAUAGUCCCGUGCGAGUGACCGAACGAAUAGUAAGAUUAAGAGAAGAAGGAAGAAGCAACGUGUAAUAUAAGAGCUGGCAAUCGAAAGGGAAUUUGAACGAAGAUAAAGGAAAAGAAAGAUCGAAGAGGAUGUCCCAUUUAUCGCGGCUAAUCUGUCCUAAUUUUUGAGAUUGAAGGAACACGCCUGCGAUUCAGAACUCGCUUCUAUGCUAUUUUAUUUUCGAAAUGGAAAAUCUUAAUAAUAAAUAGAAAAUACGUCUCAAAUCGAUUCGGGGCAGUGGACAAAUUGCCGAUAUCGAAUCGCUGUCAACAGAUCUAUUCAAUUAAAAAUCGGGGUUUCGGAAGACCGUGCUGAGACGCCAACAGAAGAGAAAGGAUCUAGCGCCACGGGAAUCGAGAUGGAUGAAUGUGUGAGAAUUUUUCAGGGUUACAAUUUUGAGGACAAACGGGGUAUCGAGUGAAGAAAUUUAAGUCGUUCUACAAAAGAGAGAAAAUUAAUAUUAUAAAACAAAUCUAAAUCGAAGGCCCAAAGAUCGUGUUAACUUGUUGAGUGUUCUUUGGGCUGCCACGGCUAAUAUAAAACAAAUGUAACACAAACGUCAAUGAAUGAGAGAUAAAAUUAAGUAAGUGGAACGCGAGAGAGAGCGAAAGAGAGAGCGAGAGAUAAGUAUCUUUUUAUUCGGGUGAAAGACACGCGAUGUAUUAUAAGAAGCGAACAAAACAAAAGAAACAAACAAAAUAGAAGAAAGAAAGGAAGGUAUAAAUAUUAUGUAAUAAAUUAUUAUUAUUGUUACCGGUUAUCAUUGCAAUGAUUAUUACAUCCACUACCGCAUAAAUGAAAAUAAAAAAACACUAAGCAGAAUAAAUGACAAAAAAAUAAACUAAGAAAUAAAAGAUGAGAAAACAGAUUACACACAUAUUAUAUAUAUAUAUACAUACAUAUAUACAUAUACAUAAAUAUACAUAUAAAGUAUGCAUAGUGGUCAAUACAGUGCUGCAAGAUAUUAACGAUGUAACGUUUUAAACUGUAAAACGCGAGGAAGAAUGACACACCGACAGACACCGAAUAUACAUUUACGGACAGUCUCGGACACAAUGACGAUCCUUGAGAAUAAAAUAAUGUUGCUUCUCUGAUAUUGAUUUCACGAUUCGGCAGAACAUUUUCCAAAGGAUAAGGAAAAAACAGAAUAUAAAAUAGAAUUAAGAAUUUAAUACACGAUCGAACUGUAUUAUUUUUGUAGCUGUUGGCGCGUACGUUUUUCGUUGGCGCGGUGUUAUUCUUUGCGUAUUUGAAAGUUUAACGCGACUGUUGAAUUUGUCUGAUAUUAGCGUUUAUCGUAGCGAGGAAGAGAACCCUCGAUUCUGAGAGAAUAUUUUCCGGGUCAGUGGCUUCUGAACUUGGAUUUUAUUAUCGGCACAUCUCCCUUUUAAUUCUUAAAAUGUAUAAAAACACACCAGCUCUCGAUUUUAACUCUACAUCGUAAAUUGUGAAAUGAUGUUAAAAUUUGUAACGUGUUACUUUUCAAAAUUUUAUUCAGUGAAUUUCUGUCAUUUGAUCAUUACAUUAAAGAAGAAACAAAGUAAAAGUGAGAUUACAGUAAUAAAAGAGACGCAGAAACCACUGUACCACGUACUAGCUCAACUGAACUGUAGAAUCGCAUCUGUUCGCAAAUGAUACUCUUCUUUAAACAAUUAAACGAACGCUCUAAGAGUCUAAUUUACAAAAUAGCAACGUUACUUGUUAUUUUGGAGUAUUAUAUAUAAAUAAUAUGUAUACACACGCUGGAUCACAUAUUGACGUAUACAAUUAUUACACCGACGAACACAUACACACAACGGCGAAUGAAAAAGAAAAAACGAAACGUGCCAUUCGUUUCCUAGUUGAAUGUGUACACCUUCGUGCAUAUGUGAUUGGAUAUGCAUACAUGUACAUAUAUACAUAUAUAAAUAUAUAAAUAUCCACGUAAGAGUGUAGGAAUAUUAUAUACAUGCGUUUCAUACAUAAUACAUAUACAUAUGUAAACAUAUACACCUACACACGUAUGAGGAAAACAGAAGUACCUAUUUUUCAUGUAAGAGAGAGAUAGUUUUCUGUCAUUAUUUUACAUCCCCUCACGUCAUCCUGAAUAAUAUUAUAUUAUAUAUAUAAAUAACGAUAAAAAAAAAAUAACUAACUACGAUAAUGAUUAUUAUUAUUAUAUAUAAACAUUGUAACAGGGAUGAAAGAGAACGGUUUGCGUACCGUGGGUCGAAAACAAAAAGCAUCCCAAAAAAUGGUAGAAUACUCGUAGACCGCAUGACCGACGUUUUUAUAGAAAUCAACUCUAUACACACAAAAACCGGUCUAGGACUAAUCUGCCAGCAAGGUUCGGGCCUAAGGUGUACGCGUAAUUAAUUAUACAAAUAAAAAUGAAAGAGAGAAAUUAAAGAGAGAAUGAGUGUGAGAGAGCGCGAAAGAAUAGAAUUAUUGUUACUAAUUGAAAAAAAAAGGCGAGCGAGAACGAAGUAGAAGAUGAACGAUUUAUUAUUAUUACGAUUAUUAUUAUGAUUACGAUUACGAUUAUUAUUACGGUUAUUAUCACGAUUAUAAUUAUUCUUGUUAUUAUCAUUCGUAGAACGAAAACGUGGCAGAGAAGGAACGGAAGGAAAGAAGUUGUAUUCUUUGCUAUCCCUGCUGAAAAAAAGCAAAAAAAUCGAUAGAUAACUAUUUAUCCGCUGUCUGCUAAUGAAACGAUCAGAGCGCGACAGAAAAGAGGAGGGAAAAAGAGAGAAAUAUUAUUAUACCGUGUAAAAAGGCAUAAAAUAAAAUAAGAUACGUUAUGUGUUGUAAAAAUCGCUCUAUGUACAACGUGUACAUACAGACAGCCGCGAAAAGAGCAUAGACUUCCAGAAAAAGAAAAGACAAAGGCGAAUGUUAUACGAAGAAAUAUUAAAACGAACAGAGAAGCAGGCGAAGAAGGAUAACAAAAAUAUAAUAUUAGGAUUAAAUAUCGAGCAAAUGCGAACAAACACAGUGUUAAAAAAAAAAAAAAACAAAUAAAUAACUCGUGCGGCUAUUCGAGAUGCACGUUAUUUGCUAAGCGACAAGAGUGAGACACGUAAUUAAGCGAAUUAACAAAACAACAAAAACAAACAGAAAAAAAUAAAAAAAAAGUAACAUACAAAGAGGCAAAGUUAGUUUUUGUAUCGAUAUCGAGAGAAUAGGUUUCGCAAGGUAGCAGAGAAACGGAAGACGAUCAGGGGCCCGGAAAUCGGAAAUGAUAACAUAAACUCCGCGCGUGUAACACGGCUUACAUGGCGAAAUCGAAGAAACGACAGAUGGAGUUCGAUUUAAAAGAAAAGAGGACAAAGAAAAAGAAAUAAAGGAGAGUCAUUGAAGAACUUUCAGUUUUCUCGUCAGAUCGAUGAUGAAUGAUGAAUUGCGAGAUCGUCGUUCGCGGUUGAGAAACGAUACGGAAUAAUAAUACACGAUGCCAGAACUGUCCUAGAGCCAGAGUAUAAAAAAGUAUACAACAUAAAAAGACUGUAGCGCCAUGAAAUAUGUGUAUCUCGGAUCUUAACAUAUCAGAUGUCUCGUUUCGAGCGACUACGAGAUCGUUCGCGGCGAGAUUUUUCGCUGGACAGCUUGCUGAUUAUCCGCGUUUCCAAGUGAAGCACACUUUGGACGAAUCUGGUGAUGGGCUAAGAAUCUUUUUCAAACGUGUUUGAAACUGUUGAUUAACGUAUGAAAGUUAUAGUAACGCGAAUGCGGUGAUCCAUUGUGCAAGAGUAAUGGAAAAGUAUUCAACGGAAUUUUCUUAUAUAAGAUUUUGUUUUUUCUAAAAGAUUGUUUUAAAUUUGAUCGAUGAAUUAUUGUAGAUCUUUUUCUGUCAAUAUUUUAUGCAUUAACUUGUCAAAAAUCGAGCAAUGAGAUAAAAACUGAAAUGCGUUAACAAUGUAAGUCAUAUAUCGUUUUGAUAUUUUACAGAAAAAAUUACAAAAUCGUUUUGUCAAGUUUGUCAAGUUACAAACAAUGCACUGGAGUUAUAGAUACUAAGAUAAUCAGAGAUACAGCAAAUAUUUUCCUCAUUUGACAAAAAAUCAUAGUACUAUAAAUAGCUCAAUCUUCUGAAAUUUCAUAAAGCUGUAGGAUCUAAAUGGAAAAAGAAAUAUCGACAAAAAUAUUAAACAAAUCCUUAGAGCUGUUCUCCAUAACCACAAGUUAAAAAACAGAAUUCAAUAAUGUAAAUUGAAGUAUUGCAAAUGAAAUAUUGUGUUAACAUAACGUUGAUCUUUAAUGAAUUAACAUAAAACUUACAAACAAACUUUUUUAUUUUUUAUUUUUGAAUUGUUAUUCUUAAGGAAAAUGUAUUCCUAUGGUUUAUUUAAAUAUUGUGAAUCGGAUAAAAAACGAAGUCUUGUAUAAAAAGAAGCGUAUUUAACGUUUUCCAAUUAUUUUUGCACAAAAACUUAUCAUGUUACCAAUAUCUAACAAUCCAUGAAGUCUUGAAACGUAAAGAUCUUUCAGAUAGAAGCUUCACCAACGUAUAAAAGGCAUUACUAUAACUUUUUACUCGCAUAGGAAUUACCAUAGGCGUUUCUAUCACUUCUAAAACUCUCAAACAAUUGUCAAAGAUCUUUACUCUUCAAGACUUUCUAGCUCCAAUCUUAUACCUCAAAACGCAAGAUCUAAAACGAAAUCUCAAUCUUCUUAAAGCAUAAAAUAUCCAAUUAUUAAUAUAAUUUUCAAUUUCCUAAAAUAUUUAUCCACUCGAAAUGUUAGAUCUGUGGAAGUCUAAGUUUCCAAAAUUUCACAGAGGUCUACGAAGACCUGAUACGAAGAACGAACAACCCAUCACCAGACGUUUCAAAGCUUCCCACCCUCAAGACCAGCCUACCUUCCAAAUCUCGCAAUUCACCUUACUAUUGUUCUCGAAAAAACAAAAAGAAAAAC